UGAUCAAGCACGUUAUGAAGCAACUAAAAUAUUAAAUGGUAAAAGUGCGUCCUAAGUUGAUUAUUCAACUUAUUAGAUAUUAAUGACUUAAUUAAUUCAUUUUUUCUAUAAAGUUAGAUAUAAAAGAUAUCUUUUAUUAAAAUUACUAUUAUAAAUUGUGUUUUCUUAUUUUAUUCUCUUUUCCUUUUAUUGUGUUAUAAAAAAAGAGAGAAAAAAGAGACUUUUGUGUGUUUGUUCUCUAUUUACUCACUAAUAAUUUUCCCAAAAAAAAGACUUCAAAAAAUGUACCUUUUAAAAAGUAUGGUAAUGACAUUUUAAAAUUAUGAUAUAAUUUAAUUAAUUUUAAAAGAGAAGGAAAUUUUAAAAAAUAAAGAAACAAAGAGAGUAGGGAGUUGGGGCAGGCGAUUCACUUGGCAACGGCCCGUAAUGCAGCCCUAAGGCAUAACAGGCGCGCAGCCAAAAGAAACUCAAAGAGCAGCAGUUCAAGCUCAACUCAUAGACACCUCUUUCGACCGACAAGGCGGUGGCGGUUUUAACCUCCGUAGCCCUUAUUAGAGAAAUAAAAAUCCUCCUUUCGAACUAUUCUCCUAGUUCUCUCUCUUUUGGCUCAAAAUAACUUAUCCUGUUUUCAGGUAUUUUCAGCUCCACUUCAUACCAACUUGAUAUUACGUACUUUUUCAUAUAUUUUAGAUUCUUUUAAAUACAUUUAGAUUUUUUGAAUUUGGGAUUCUCUUCAAAGCACGAUUCUUUCGCUCUGGAUAAUAUAGUAGUGGGUGUUUGAAGUUAUUGCUCUUUUUGGCCUCCAAGGCAUGGUACACCAGAGGCUCCAAUGGUCGCAUGUUCUACGGGAGAAAGCAUUUUGUGAUGAAUUUCACUCUGGGUAUUAAUGGGUAUUUGGUCUUAUUCAAAAAUAUGUUUAGUUCAAUCCGGUUUGCUUCGAGACGUAGUUGUUCACUACAAAAAAUGUCUUCUUAGAUUGUAUUAUUCUGCUUCAUCUGCUUUGUUGUUGGAAGACCAUGUCUUUGAUUGUAGUCCUGAGGUUGUAAGUGUUAAUAAUGAAGUUGAGGAGCUUCAAGUUCCAGGGAAGAGGUUCGAAUUUUGUGGAAAUCCCUGGCUUAUUCCUUUGGUUGUGAGGGUAUUUAAAUCCUUGAAUUGGGACAUUGCAAGGGAAAUUAGGUUCAAUAUGGCUGUAAAGAUGUACGGAUUUGAUCAUUCAAUGUAUGCAUUUCGGAUCAUCAUUCAUAUAUUUGCAAUGGCAGGGAUGCAGAUGGAAGCACAUGCUUUGCUUAGAGAUAUUGUUUGCUAUUACAGAGAGGUGAAGACUGAUAUGUUUGAAUUAUUACUGUAUCUGUUGGAUUCACCUGAGCAUGUCCAUAGAUCAGCUGAUGUUUUCAAUGUGCUCAUCAAGGUUUUUGCAUCAAAUUCGAUGCUUGAGAAUGGUAUUGACGUUUUUGUGCAGGCUAAAAAAAUUGGGCUUGAACCAAAUAUUAUGUCAUGCAACUUCUUGCUCAAAUGUUUAGUAGAAGCAAAUAGAGGAGAAUUUGUGAGAAGUUUGUUUGAAGAUAUGAAGAACUCGGGGCCAUCUCCUAAUGUUUACACCUAUACGAUUAUGAUGAGCUUUUAUUGUAAUGGAUAUUGUGGGAGGGAUGUAGAUGUCGGACAAGCAAAUAACCUUCUAGAGGAUAUGGAGAGUGGUGGGAAAAAUCCAUCUGUUGUAACAUACAGCACAUAUAUUGGUGGACUUUGUAGAGUUGGUUGUGUUGAACUUGCUCUAGAUUUCAUUCGAAAGUUGUGUUUUAGAAACCAACCGAUCAAUAGCUUCUGUUAUAAUGCCAUUAUAUAUGGAUUUUGCCAAAAAGGUGAACCAUACGAAGCUUUGAAGGUUUUGGAAGAAAUGAAGCAUUGUGGAAUAUCACCAGAUGUACAUAGCUAUAGCAUUUUGAUUGAUGGGUUCUGCAAAGAAGGUGAUUGUGAGAAAGGUAUCAAUUUGAUUGAUGAGAUGAUACUCAACGACAUGAGGCCUUCACUUGUUACUUAUACCUCACUCUUUCAUGGUCUGUGUGAGAGUGGAUUGGCAGAUGUUUCACUGAAUUUGUUUCGUAAUCUUGCUGAUGAUGGAUAUGAAUAUGACUUGGCUGCUUACAAUGUCUUGCUCAAGGGAUUUUGUCUUCAAGGUGAUAUGGAUUCUGCCAUGGAACUUUUUGAGGAGAUGUUCAGCAAUAGCUUAAUUCCUACAGCCAACAGUUUCAACAGGUUGAUUCAUGGAUUCUGUAAGAUGGGGCUCUUGGAUAAAGCCUUGGAGCUUUUCAAAAUCAUGCUGCAAAGUGGCGUCUCACCAAAUAUCUUCACUUGCAAUGUAAUUGCUGAUGGUUAUUGCAAAGCAGGACAUUUGGAGGAAGCUUUGAAACUUAUAAAUGGAAUGCAUGAGUUUGGCAUUUUUCCUAACUCAUAUACAUAUAAUGGAAUUAUGAAGAGGCUUUGCAUGCAAAGCUAUUCAGGAAAAGCUUGGGAACUUCUUCCUCAAAUGAUUAAGAAGAACAUUCUUCAUAAUGUUCAUUGUAACAUCCUUAUGAAUGGAUUUGCUGAACAGUCAAAACCAAAAAAGGCCUUGAUGUUGUAUGCAAGAAUGUUAAAGCUUGGGUUCACACGAACCACAAUUACACAUACAAUUCUUAUCAACAUAUUCAACCAGAGGUGCAAAAUGUAUGAAGCGUAUAGUUUGUUUAAGGACAUGAUAGCAAAGGGUUUGAUUCCUGAUACCAUUUCUUACACAUCUGUUAUAGCUGGGUUUUGUAGAGUUAGAGAUAUGAAAAAGGCUUGGGCUCUGUAUACAGAAAUGCUGCGGAGAGGUUAUUCACCCAAUGUUGUCACUUAUACCUGUCUAAUUGAUGGAUUUUGUCAUUUACACCGUAUGGAUAUGGCCAACUUGUUAAUUGAUGAAAUGAAAAGACGGGAAAUCAAUCCUGAUGUGGUGACAUAUACUGCUUUAAUUUCUGGGUACAAGAGACUUGGCGAUAUCGAUAGAGCACACGAGUUGUUCGCUGAAAUGAAAAGUAAGGGUAUUGUUCCUGAUGAUGCUGCCUAUAGUGCAUUGGGGGAGGAUAAUGGCACAACUACAUAUAAUUAGACAACUAUGGAAAUGAUGAAAGAACUGGAUGUAUUUGAUUAUGAACCACAAACAGAGUGCUUCUUCAUGGUCCUCCUGGUAUGUGAAAGACUUCUUUGGCUCAAAGAUGUGCCCAUGAUGCUGGUAUCAAGCUUUUCUCUGGGAAUGGAGUUUAAGAUUGUUAGUCAAAGUUACAAGGAAAUUUAACAGGUAUUGCGUUAAAUUUCUGAUUCAGCUACACAGGCCGCGGCUGCUGUGGCUAAAUACUCUUCUGGAGUGGCUUCUGAAGAUACUGAAAAGGCCAGAUGAAAGUAACCUGGCACCAUGCAUGAGGCAAUUGGGAAGAUGUUGGCAGUCAAAACGCAGUAAACAGAAAUAGGUGGCCAGCGAAGAUUCAGUUGUAUCAAGAGCCAUCAGCUAAGUUCUUAAGG